CAACAUGGCGGAUUAGGAACGGUGGCCGACGCGCUCGGAUACAGAAAAAAGGGAGAUCGUGAGAGUACUGCGCAUCGAGCAAACCAGGAGAUAAUUAUCCGCGGUCGGGAACAGACGUUGGAUAUUUUGGUGACUUGAACAGUAGUGUGGCAAAAGGUUGUAAUCUGUUGCCCGUCUCUAAAUUGGCUGCCUCUGCCGGAUCAUUCCAAUCACCCCAGACCCCCCCUCCCCAACCCACCCCGCACACUCUCGAUUCCUGGGGUGUGGAGAGUGGAGACAGGGGUUGGGGAAGAGUGAGAGAGAAAAAAAUAAGCACACUGUUAUUAAUAAAGGGGUUAUUGAAGACUGCGCCUCGUGAAGCUGGAGCCGCGGGGGAAGAGCAGCUCGAAGUGCGGAUGAGUGACUGAUGUCAACGUCGCCUCACAAGGGCAGCAUGGGUGUCUGUCCCCGGCUCCUGCUGCUCAGUGUGGCCCUUGGGGCCCUCUGCUUAGCCCAGGAGGGACCCGCCGCCCCCACCGAUGGCCUUGCCCUCAACAAGUCCGCCACCCAACCACCAACUGCCCUCAACAUCGUCACCCCGGCAACAGUCCCUGCCGUCGCCGCAGCUCCCACCACGACGGCCCCGGCGGCUAUCGUCCCGACGGCGGCCACCGAUCGAAGCGACACGGUCGUCCCGGCAACAACCCCUGCGGCCCCCUCUCCUGUGCCGACCGACAAGCCCCUCCCCCCGGAAACCCCCGCCUUCACCACCGCCACUAACGAUACGCGGAAGGGCGGCGGUGACGUCAUCACGGACACUCAGGCUCCUCCCGUCCCACACCCUUCCUCCACCUCCCUCAUAUCCAUCGCGCCAGAACCGUGGUUCCCUACGCCCACCCCCGACCCGAAGAAGCCCGCCCCUGACCCUCGCACGCCGACCCCUGACCCCCACACCCCCUCCAGCACCACCACGUCCAAUGAGGAUGAGGACACAGAUGAUGAUACGCCUGUAAUCGCUGUGAUGGUGGCACUGUCGUCCCUGCUGGUGAUUGUGUUCAUCAUCAUUGUGCUCUACAUGCUGAGGUUUAAAAAGUACAAACAGGCUGGCAGCCAUUCCAACUCAUUCAGACUGUCCAGUGGGAGAGCAGACGAUACAGAGCUCCAGAGUGUGCCUCUAUUGGCCCGCUCCCCCAGCACCAACAGGAAGUACCCGCCUCUUCCUGUGGACAAGCUAGAGGAGGAGAUGAACCGUCGAAUGGCGGAUGACAAUAAACUCUUCCGAGAGGAAUUCAAUGCUCUCCCUGUCUGCCCUAUUCAGGCAUCCUGUGAUGCUGCAUCGAAGGAGGAGAACAAGGAGAAGAACAGAUACGUCAACAUCCUUCCCUACGACCACUCCAGGGUCCACCUCACUUCACUGGAUGGAGUCCCAGACUCUGACUUCAUCAACGCUUCCUACAUCAAUGGCUACCAGGAGAAGAACAAGUUCAUCGCAGCCCAAGGGCCGAAGGAAGAGACGGUGAAUGACUUCUGGAGGAUGAUUUGGGAGCAGAACACUGCCACCAUCGUCAUGGUGACCAAUCUGAAGGAGAGGAAAGAGGUGGGUGGAGCCAAGGAGAGAGGAGGAGCAAGAGAGAGGCUGAACUACACAUCCAAGUGCGCCCAGUACUGGCCGGACCAAGGCUGCUGGACCUACGGAAACAUCCGGGUCUCUGUGGAGGACAUGACCGUGCUGGUGGACUACACAGUCCGCAAGUUCUGCAUCCAGCAGGUGGGGGAUGUUUCGGGGAAGAAGCCCCAGCGCCUGGUUACACAGUUCCAUUUCACCAGCUGGCCCGACUUUGGGGUCCCCUUCACCCCCAUCGGCAUGCUGAAGUUCCUCAAGAAAGUGAAGAACUGCAACCCCCAGUAUGCUGGGGCCAUCGUGGUCCACUGCAGUGCGGGGGUGGGUCGGACUGGGACUUUCAUCGUGAUUGACGCCAUGUUGGACAUGAUGUUAACCGAGCGGAAGGUGGACGUCUUUGGCUUCGUCACCCGAAUCCGAGCCCAGCGCUGCCAGAUGGUGCAGACGGAUAUGCAGUACGUGUUCAUCUUCCAGGCCAUGCUGGAGCACUACCUGUAUGGGGACACAGAGCUGGAGGUGACAUCACUGGAGUCUCACAUGGCCAAGCUCUACUCCCCAUCCCCAGGGGCGGGCUGCGGGGGCCUGGAGGCGGAGUUUAAGAAACUCACCUCCAUCAAGAUCCAGAAUGACAAGAUGAGGACCGGGAACCUACCGGCCAACAUGAAGAAGAACCGCGUUCUCCAAAUCAUUCCCUACGAGUUUAACCGGGUCAUCAUCCCGGUCAAGCGGGGGGAGGAGAACACCGACUACGUGAACGCCUCCUUCAUAGACGGCUACCGGCAGAAGGACUCAUACAUGGCCAGCCAGGGGCCUCUGCAGCACACCAUCGAAGACUUCUGGAGGAUGAUCUGGGAGUGGAGGAGCUGCUCCAUCGUCAUGCUCACAGAGCUGGAAGAGAGG